GGUAGCAGCGGCGGCGGCGGCAGCGAAAGGGGCGGAGAAGAAGGAGCACGGCGGGAUAAGGCCUGAGCCGCGCGUAUUCGGGGGCCGUGGCAUUCUCACCGCGCCAGUGGUAGUGGCAGCUACCGCUGCAUCUGUAGCACCAGAUCAGUUACUGGCACGAUGAACUGGAAUAAAGGUGGUCCAGGCACUAAACGGGGAUUUGGUUUUGGAGGUUUUGCUAUCAGUGCUGGGAAGAAAGAGGAACCCAAACUCCCACAACAGUCCCACAGUGCCUUUGGGGCAACUAGCUCUUCUUCUGGAUUUGGAAAGUCCGCUCCACCACAACUUCCUUCUUUCUACAAAAUUGGAUCUAAGCGGGCCAACUUUGAUGAAGAAAAUGCUUACUUAUUUGAUCAGGCAGCUAGAGAUAUGAAGAGGUUGGAAGACAAGGACAAGGAAAGGAAAAAUGUCAAGGGUAUUCGAGAUGACAUUGAAGAGGAAGAUGACCAAGAAGCUUACUUUCGGUACAUGGCAGAAAACCCAACUGCUGGUGUGGUUCAAGAAGAGGAAGAAGACAAUCUGGAAUAUGAUAGUGAUGGAAAUCCAAUUGCACCUUCCAAAAAAAUUAUCGAUCCUCUUCCUCCCAUUGAUCAUUCAGAGAUUGACUACCCACCAUUUGAAAAAAAUUUUUACAAUGAACACGAGGAGAUAACCAACCUCACUCCACAGCAGCUAAUAGAUCUUCGGCACAAGCUCAACCUACGGGUCUCUGGCGCUGCACCACCUAGACCAGGAAGUAGUUUUGCUCAUUUUGGUUUUGAUGAACAACUUAUGCACCAAAUCCGGAAGUCUGAGUACACACAGCCCACUCCAAUACAGUGCCAGGGUGUGCCUGUGGCAUUAAGUGGUAGAGACAUGAUUGGUAUCGCCAAAACAGGCAGUGGAAAAACUGCAGCCUUUAUCUGGCCCAUGUUGAUUCACAUAAUGGAUCAGAAGGAAUUGGAACCAGGUGAUGGGCCAAUUGCAGUUAUUGUUUGCCCUACUAGGGAGCUUUGCCAGCAGAUCCAUGCAGAAUGCAAGAGGUUUGGGAAGGCAUAUAAUCUUCGCUCAGUGGCAGUAUAUGGAGGAGGGAGCAUGUGGGAACAGGCCAAGGCCCUUCAGGAAGGGGCAGAGAUUGUUGUAUGUACCCCGGUAAAAUACCAGGUUCGGUCCAUAGCAAGUCAUGUUCGUCCUGACAGACAGACUCUCUUAUUCAGUGCAACUUUUCGGAAGAAGAUCGAAAAAUUGGCCAGAGACAUCUUGAUUGACCCUAUUCGAGUAGUGCAAGGAGAUAUUGGAGAGGCAAAUGAAGAUGUGACACAGAUUGUAGAGAUACUCCAUUCUGGGCCUAGUAAAUGGAACUGGCUUACCCGGCGUCUGGUGGAGUUUACUUCCUCUGGGAGUGUUCUCCUGUUUGUUACUAAAAAAGCCAAUGCUGAAGAGCUAGCCAAUAACCUUAAGCAGGAGGGUCAUAAUCUUGGACUGCUCCAUGGAGACAUGGAUCAAAGUGAGAGAAACAAGGUCAUUUCUGAUUUUAAGAAGAAAGACAUCCCAGUCCUAGUGGCCACAGAUGUUGCAGCCCGUGGUCUGGACAUUCCUUCAAUUAAAACUGUCAUUAAUUAUGAUGUGGCACGAGACAUUGAUACCCAUACUCAUAGAAUUGGCCGCACUGGAAGAGCAGGUGAGAAGGGCGUGGCCUAUACCUUACUGACCCCCAAGGACAGCAAUUUUGCUGGUGACCUCGUCCGGAACUUGGAAGGGGCCAAUCAACAUGUUUCCAAGGAGCUCCUAGAUCUGGCAAUGCAGAAUGCCUGGUUUCGGAAGUCACGAUUCAAAGGAGGGAAAGGCAAAAAGCUGAACAUUGGUGGAGGAGGCUUGGGCUAUAGGGAACGGCCUGGUCUGGGCUCUGAGAACACAGACCGAGGAAAUAAUGUAAUGAGCAAUUAUGAGGCGUAUAAGCCCUCCACAGGAGCCAUGGGAGAUCGGCUAACAGCAAUGAAAGCAGCUUUUCAGUCGCAGUACAAGAGUCACUUUGUUGCAGCCAGCUUAAGUAAUCAGAAGGCUGGAAGCUCUGCUGCUGGGGCAAGUGGAUGGACUAGUGCAGGAAGCUUGAAUUCUGUUCCAACUAAUUCAGCACAACAGGGUCCCAGCAGUCCUGACAGCCCUGUCACUGGUGUCACAAAAAGCAUGCCAGGCUUUAGCAAUACUGGGAACAUCAGCAGUGCACCAGUGACCUACCCUUCCAUCGGAGCCCAAGGAGUUAACAACACAGCUUCAGGGAAUAAUAGUCGAGAAGGGAUUGGGGGUGGCAAUGGGAAAAGAGAGAGAUAUACAGAGAACCGGGCUGGUGGCCGUCAUAGCCAUGGAGAGAGUGGCAAUCGGCAUGGUGAUAGCCCCCGUCAUGGAGAUGGUGGUCGCCACGGAGAUGGAUACCGUUACACAGAAAGCAGCAGCAGCCGGCACACUGACAGCCAUCGGCAUGGAGAGAACAGGCAUGGAGGAAAUGCAGGCCGGCAUGGUGAGGGCCGGGGAGCAAAUGAUGGCCGAAACGGAGAAAGCAGGAAAGAAGGUUGUAAUCGUGAAAGCAAGGUGGACCCCAAGAUGGACAACAGCAAGAUAGACAGUAAGACAGAUAAGACAGCUGAUGGUUUCGCUGUCCCAGAACCACCCAAACGCAAGAAAAGUCGAUGGGACAGUUAGAGGGUAUGUGCCACAGAGUGAAAUCAGUUGUCUUUCAUUUUACUUUUAGAAAGAUUUUGGUAACUAGGUGUCUCAGGGCUGGGUUGGGGUCUAAGGAAUAAGGACCCCUUGCUCCUAAUGGAGAAUUGGAGUGUAGAGACAUUAUGCCUUCAUCUGAAUAACUGUUCAGAUGUUUCCUUGGGAAGCUGCUUUAUUUAGUCCUGGCAUGCAAUGAGAGCUGGGAAGCUUCUGCUGGCUCUAGGUGAGUUGUUAUAAGGGUUAAGUGGGAAAUACUUUGGAAGAGAGAGCCUUAUAGGGCACAAGACUCACUCUAGGUUUAUAAGUAGCUUAUAUUUUUUACUAAAAUGUCACCUUGUAAACAUCUAUAAAUCCAAUUCCUUUUCUUAGUUGUUUGGCCAGGCAGUCCCCAUUUUAGGAGUUGGCUUCUGCAAACCCAACCCAUUGAACUGAAGGACUAUUUGAGAAGCCAUUUGGUGCUUUCAGAUGUUUGCAGGGAAAGGAGCUACCCAAUGCUCAGGUUCCCCAGCCAGGUUUGUAUCCAGCCCUGAGACAUGUAGGAAGAAGCCACGUUCCACAACCAGGCUUUGAGAAUCUCAGAGCCAGUAUGAUUGAAGGGAAAAGAUGAUCCUGGAAAGAAUUCUAGGAUUGCUCCAGGUCUGAGGCAUCGUUAAUUAAAAUGAAAAAGAGAAAACCAACAACAGCUUUUAAAGUGUCUAUCUCAUUGUAUUUUUUUUUAACUUACCCCAAUGGUAGUCUUUUGCUGAAAUGAUUCUGAUGAUUUUUGUUCUAUCUUGUUUAUAAAAAGAAAUAUACAAACUUCGAAUUUUGUGACUUUGUGAAGGUUUCUUUUAAGAUGUGCAUUCCUUUCCUGCUUGCUCUCUAGUAAAUGUUUUACUACUGGGA